AUGACCAACGCAGUCACCCCUAGGCGCAGGAACCAGGGCUGGCUGGGAGUGUGCAUCUCCAUCGACCGCACGCGGGAUGGGACCAAGGCCUGGCGCCUGCUGAGGUGCCUGCUGACGGUGCCACGGGCCUUCAACCAGGUGCUGUCCCUGGCUCACCUCUCCAUCGGGGCUGCGGAACUGGCUGAACAGCUGGCUGACCAGUUUGCUGCCAGGGACGUAGCCCAGCUACCUGCUGCACCACCACCUGCUGCCCUCCCUUGCCCGUCCUCCUGCCACCAUCCCGGUUGGGUGUCUGUGCAGGUGCGGGAGCUGUGCGUACAGCCCAUCGGGAUGCACGAGCUGGUGGCGGCCCUCGACGGGGCCAAGCGGCGAAGUGCUCCAGGGGUCGACGGCAUCACCUUCCAGAUGCUUCGCAACCUGGAUGGAGCUGGCCGACAACGGCUCCUGGAGUACUACAACAACGUCUGGUGCACCAGAGUCCUUCCCGAAUCCUGGCGGACUGCAGUCGUGGCGCCAAUCCUGAAGCCCCGGAGGAAGACCACGGCUCUCUCCUCUUACAGGCCUGUCUCCCUCACCUCUGCACCAUGCAAAGUGAUGGAGAAGAUGGCCCUGGAGAGACUCGAGUGGAUAGCCGACCAUCUGGGCUUCUUCCCGGAGCAGCAGACGGGCUUCGGGCGACACCGGUGCACGGCAGACUCCAUCUCAGACGUCGUCGCUACCCUCGAGGACGCCAGUAGCUGCGGGGACGUGGUCAUGCUGCUGCUGCUGGAUGUGGAGAGCGCAUUCGACGGACUCCCACACGUGGUCGUCGAGGCGGCCCUGGACCAGCUUGGCAUCAACGGGAGCCUCCGAGGUUUUGUGACCGCCUUCCUGUCCGGGAGGACCUUUCGCGUCCGUGUUGGACGGGAGACCAGCCAACCCAGGGACAUCACUGCUGGUGUCCCACAGGGAUCCGUGCUGAGCCCCUUCCUGUUCAACAUGGCGCUGGCAGGACUUCCAGCCUCCCUCCCGACAGACACAAGGUUCCCGGCCCACUGCUCCGUCUACGCAGACGACGUGGCGCUCUGGGUCCGGGGGCCACGGCGGUCCAUUCCAGCCAUCAGGAGAUCACUGCAGACGUCCCUGGAAGCAGUGAUCGCCUACCUCGGAGGCAUCGGGCUCAAGGUCUCUGCCACCAAGACCGAGGCCCUGCUGAUCCACCCGCUGGCAGCGGCACGACGCUACGUGAAACAGCUACGGGUUGGCAACCGUCGCCUGCCAUGGAGGUUGACGGUGAAGUACCUGGGGCUCACCAUCGACCACCGGCUCACGUGGAUCCCGGCUGCCAAGGCUACUGCUGCCAGGGUGCGGCGCGUCCAGGGCGCCAUCAGCAGGCUUCAGCAGCGUGGCCGUGGCUGCUCCACCAGGUGGGCCCUGCGGCUCAACCAGGCAGCGGCGUCCUCGGUCCUCCUGUACGCCUUCCCACUGGUGGCCCUGACAUCGGCCAGGAGACGACAGCUGGAGGGACUCCACAGGGGAGCGGUGAGGUCCAUCCUGGGGCUCCCCAAGUGCUCCCCGGUGGCAGCAACUCUUGCGGAGGCGGGCGAGUGGCCCCUGUCGCUACGCAUGCUGCAGCGUGCGUUGGGACACAUCGACCGCCUCCACCGCGCCGCUGAUGGAAGGGCCCUCCUGGAGCGCCUUCGCAACCAGCCCGGGUCACGGAUGGGUGGUCUCUGCCUGCUGUACCACCAGAUGGUCCCGGAUCCGCCUGUCCCGAUUGCCCCUCCACCACCACACCACCGGCCACCAGAGGUCCACCUCGGUUUGGAGGGGGCAACCAAGCGACGAACACCUGCGGCCGCAUUACAGCAGGCAGCCACUUGCAAACUUCAGGAGCAACUGAAGGGGCGGCUGCAGGUGUUCACUGACGGAUCUGUCAUGCCAGACGGUACCGCGGCGGCUGCCUGCGCCAUCCCGUCCAGGGCCAGCAGCAGGCAAUGCAGACUACCCUUCCCGGCGAGCUCCACGGCGGCAGAACUGGCAGGCCUUCACCUGGCGGCGGACCUCCUGGCUGAGGACAUCCCUGCUGAACCGGUUGCGGUCCUCUGCGACAGCAGGGCGGCCCUGCAGAUCCUGGUCAACCGCCGUCGCGCCGGAAUGACAGCCAGCCUCCUGACUACCAAGUUCCGGGCUCUCACUGACGCUGGGUUGUCCGUCUCCUUCCACUGGCUGCCCUCUCACGUGGGCAUUGCUGGAAAUGAGGAGGCGGACACCCUGGCCAAGGCAGCACACCAGCCUGGCAUCCCCGUCUCUCAGGCUGUGGCGGCCAGGGACUUUUCGCAGGCUCGUCUCAAGAAGCUCCUCGUCACAGUCCACCCGGACACGAGGGUGGCCAACGGGCGAGGACCUAAGCUUCUUCCAGAGACGGGCCUCACCAGGAGGGAACGGGCUGCCCUGCUCCGACUGCGGACCGGCUGUAUCUGGACCGCAUCCCGCCGCUACGCCAAGGGUCGCUGCACCUCCCCGGCCUGCAACCGUUGCGGGGACCCUGAGACCCUCGAGCACCUGCUCUGUGCCUGCCCUGGUUUGGCACAGGAACGCUCGAGGGUCCCCACGGCCUACAGGAGACAGGGCCUACCUGCCUCCACACUGGAGCAUUUCCUCUACCCGUCUCGCCCUCAUCUGCCAGCGCUCCGGAGCCUGGCGGAGUUCCUGGAGGAGACGGGUAUAGCGGCCUACCGCUGA